AUGAUGAUAACAAAGGAGUACGAAGGUGAGAGGUUGUUUUGGUAUCAAUUUUUGAGGACCAAAUUCUAAAUUAUAAUCAAUAAUAAUGAAGAAGUCAAGUAUGUUACUGAUGGCUAAAUAUUGAGACUUGAUCACAAUAAAGAGCCAUAAAAACCUCCUGAAAUCCUAAAUAAUUUAGAAUAGAUCAAAUAUCUUCAAUGGCAUGGUUAGUAUGGAUAGAAUCUCAAAAAAGUUGGAAAAUGGAAAGCCUCUUGGAAAGGUCAAAUCUUAAAAAACGCAGGUGAAUAAUUUAGAUAGGAAAUGUUUUUUGAAGUAUGA